AAAGGAAAAGAAAAGUGCCUUAUUAGCGAGAAAAAAAAAAAAAAAAACGAAAAAAAGUGAGAAGGUUGAAUCUGAGUUUUUUAUUAUUAUUAUUAUUAUUAUUUUAAGAGAAAAAGAAGAAAGAUGGAAGCCGUUGAAAUGAUGGAUUGUCAAAGUCAGGAGGAUAUCGGAGCGUAUCUACAGUCUCCGAUAUUAUAUUUCCUUAGAAAUGUAUGCGCACCGGCAUUGUCCAGAUUAUUUGUUAACAUUUUUAAGGAGGCAAAGUACGUUAAGGAUUAUGUUAAUGGUAAAAUUGGCGAUCAGGGAAAUGUCCCAAUUAUGGAUAUGAAUCUUUAUGAGUUAUUGAGGAAAGUUCACAAUAAGGGUAAAAAGAUUGAAGAUAAAAAGAAAAAUAAGAAUAGCGACUUGCAGAAUUCUUCCUCGGUCUCGAGAACAUUGCACUUAAACAACCUGGGUACCAAUGCCGACAUUUUGAGUAGUAUAUCGGUGAAAGAUCUGCUGACUGAGAGCCCAAAUCAGUCCAAGAUAGAGAGGGAUCUGUCGCAAAUUGACGUGACCUUUCUCCUGAACGUCCUCACAAAUGAAGUCCUUGCGUACGAGCUGGAUCUCGACCCACUGCAAGUCAUGAAGAGCAUCAGGAACAAAGUUUUCCAUUCUGGCUCGGACGUGGACUGCACCGAAAUUAACCUGGACAAGCUUUGCGAAGCGGCUAAAAAGUUGUACGGAUACAUAGGUGAGCCAAUCGACAUAGAGGCUAAGAGGGAAGAGUCUCUGAGAUUUUCGCAGCGCUUGGACAAAUCAGCACUUCGCAUAAUAGAGGACCUGAGAAACGAGGUUGCACAGAAGUAUGAGGAUCCUGGCCAUCCUGUUCUCCCUUCGGUCAUUGAUACUGGAUGUCAGAGUGAAGUAAAAAGCAUGUGCAAUUAUAUUAAUGACGUAGGCCGAGUACCUCAGUGGCAGAGGAAUCCCAUUGUGAUGUGCGGAGCCUCAGGAAGCGGGAAAACUGCCAUCCUACGAAGCGUUGCUUCGUCCUUGUGUCGGGAGGAAGAAUCUCCUUUUAUGUUAGUUUUAUACUUGAAACUGUACAGUGAUCCUAGUGAGACAUUCAUUUGGGAAGUUAUUUUAGAAAAUAUUACAGAGCAUUGGCCAAACUUAGUAGAGAAAUAUGAUAUUGCUUUGAUAAUAGAUGCCUUAAGAAUGUAUGCAAAUAACAUUUUGUUUCUAGUUGACUGGAAUAUAAAGCAUGCUGACGUCAUUCCCAUUGCAAGCAUGGUGAAUGGGACAUGGGUUGUUACAUAUCAAGGUGAGUGUGAGAGUUCAAGUGCCUUUCAGAUCCUUCAAGUGAAACCUCUUAGUGAAGGUUUAGUACAAGGCAUUUUGAAGAGUCUGAAUGAAAGUGAGGGAGAUUUGAAGUACAUGUUGAAAUUAUAUGAAGAAUGUAAGUACAAAGGCAUUUUAAAUACACCUGAAAUGGUUAACAUUUUCAACGAAAUCAGAAAACCAGUUCCGUGUAAAGAAAUGUUAGAGUAUUUUAUUGAAAAGAAAAUUGGAUCCAUUCAAACAGAUCAUGACCUAGAAUUAAUUGAGAAGCUCGCAUUUAGGAACAUGAUAAAAAAUGAGGGGUUCUAUAAAAAUGAAGAUUUGAUGUCUGUAAAACCUGAAAUACAGGACUUGUUUUUCGCAAAGGAUGCUAAAGGAUUAUCCUUUAGAUAUAGAGUAAUAGAGGACUUGUUUGCCUCUAGAUUUAUCCGAAAAAAUGAAAAAGAAGCCAAGAGAAUAUUGGAAGAAUACCCAACUCAGAUUCCUAUGUUCAAAAGAGCUAUCAAAUUUGCUUGUAUUUUUUGGUGUCAAAAUGACCAGAUAACGACCAAGUUAUCUUUAAUAAAGCCAUAUCUUUACAAAGUUUUGAAUGUAGAUGAUAGAUUAUGGAAAGAGAAAUCAGGUGGGAAACAAAAUGCCAAAGCCCACAAGAAGAAGAAGAAAGAGAGAAUGAAUGAUGAGUUUUUGAAGGAUGAUUCUGAAACUUGUAGGUAUGAGAAUGCUUUCACAAGGUGGUCAUACCUUGUUAAUUUUGUUGAAGCAUGUGGAUGCAGACAAGAAAUUUUAGAUCUUUUUGCUGAAAUCGUUGCUCUGAAAGAUGUUUGGCUAUUCAAAUGCAAAUUCUUAAAUGAGGAAAAAAUUCCUGUAAUUAAGAAAAUCCUAAACAAUGUGAAGUAUGUCAGACCAGUAACAGUCAGAUUGGAAAGUGGCAUGAAAUGUGAAAUUUUGAAUUUGGUGUUAAAUAUGCUGGGAAACCUGCCAUUAGAAGAUAAAAAGAUGUCAUUCCAGAUAAAUAUAGUUAGAAGUAAAUAUUCACAUAUAUAUCCUUCAAGUUUGGAGAAUUUAAGUAGAGAUAUAGUGAAAAUAUCAAACCCCCAUCUCCAGUUAUGUAAGUAUGUGGGACCUUUUGUAUACAAAGGAGAAGAAGACUUUUUGAAAUGUCUUUGUGUUAAAGAUAAUUUACAAAUUUUGGAUGUAAUUGUAAGAGAUGUGGCAUCCUUUGCAGAAAUCAUAAAUUGUGAUGGACAGGCCAAAUUAAUGGACUCCGUGGUCAAAGUGAAUCUGAAAUCUGUCACAGAAAGCUCAAAGACACCAGUAUUGUCUAAAGAUAAACCUCCUACUUUAACAGUCCAUUAUCAGGAUGGUAUUUUGGAUCUGCUGUGUAAAUUUGGUUGUCCAAAAUAUUUAAAGUACCUGAGCAUGGAUGGGAUUGUUAUCAGAGGAAAUUUCCACAUGGAUCUGAAAGUAUUUACUCGUCUGGAAUGUUUAUUCAUCAAGUGUGAUCCAGAAUAUUACAAGAGGAAUCAGAGAAACAGAACUGGCACAGAGCCAAUGGAGGUAGAGGGAGUCAAAGAGGAGGCCAGGGCUCCUGUGCUGCCUUUGGAAGAGUGGGGUUUCAGGCUCGUAGUGGGGACUGAGCUUCCGAAGGGGUUGGAGAGACUUAUGCUCCGUAACAUGAUUUUCUGUAACGAUUCAAAUGUCUCAGUUCUGCUUGAGAAGUGGAAGAACUUGCAAAGGUUAAUGAUAUUAGACACUAUUGUAUCUGUUACAGGAGCAUAUAACAUUAUCAAAAAGGAGGAAGAUCAGAGCCAAGAAUCUACUUCAACUGAAAACAGUAGUGAUGAUGUUGUUCAGGAGGUUAAGAAGAAGUGUAACAUAUCUGCUUCAGGCACAUCUCAUAAUAAAAAGUACUCAAAGUGCUCACGCUUAACUAAGGAAGAGCGGACUGCACAGAGCAGAAAAAAACCUCUGGGCAGGGAAUUAAUAAUUACCUCUAUACAAGGACUCUGCCAAGAAUGCUCAAAUUUCCCUUGCUCUUGCAAACCCAUAGAUGGUCAAGACAUUAAAGAUACAUUUGACAGCAUUAUAAGUCUUAUUAAAGCCACUUAUGAAUGUGACUAUCUUUCCUUCAGCUUUACUAAUCAGGUCUUUACAGUGAGGAAGAAUAUGCAUAAGGACUUGAGAGUCCGUAUUCCCUUGUUGUGGUUGAAUGAUGACGCAGUGCGCAACUUGCAGAAGAAUCCUGAUUUGAAUAAUUUAUUUGAAGCUUUAAGCAUAGCACAGUAUAUCCAACUUGAAAACACAAAACUUUCUCAUAAGGGUGCUGAGGAAGUUGCUAAACUUCUGAUAAGAUUAAAAGAGCCUCACGGUGAACCUUUCACUCUUACCGUUUUGUCUGCUGUACACCCAUGUUCAGCUGCAGAAGUUAGAAAUAGUAAUUUUAUCAAAUAUCUAAGAUCUGAAAUUAUGCUGUCAUAUUUUUAUUUCCAAUGUUCAUGUAAAAAGAGAUGCCACAGUGUGAAGAAGACACACAAGUGUGACAUAUAUAUUAAUGAUGAAAUUAUCAGGUAGUAAUUAGAUCUCUCUCUCUCUCUCUCUCUCUCUCUCUCUCUCUCUCUCUCUCUCUCUCUCUCUCUCUCUCUCUCUCUCUCUCUCUCUCUCUCUCUCUCUCUCUGUCUCUCUCUCUCAAUCUCAAUCUCUCUCUCAAUCUCUCUCUCUCACAUUUGGGCAGCUACUGUUUGCAUCACCAGUCACUGUUGUCUUUUCUAUAUUACUGUCCUUUUCUUGUGUCCCAUUUUUAGUGUAAAUGUAAGAACCAAUGUUUGCAUAGUUUUUGGAUAAUUGAGAGACGGGGAAUUUCCCGUUCCAUUACUGCUUCUUUUGGAAAUGCGCUCAUACAUAUACAUCAGGGUUUAGCACUGGCCUCUGGUUUCAUACCCGGAGUGACCUAGGUUCGAGUCCUGGUCAGGGAGGGUUGUUAUUUAUCGAUAUCAAUGCGGCAUUGCAUUAUUCCAU